AUGUGGGUGCUGCAGCUCCUGCUGCCAGUGAUGACAGUGGCGCUGGUGUACGAGAAGGAGCAGCAGCUGAGGAUCAUGAUGCGCAUGCAUGGGCUCAAAGACGAACCGUACUGGCUCGUCUCGUACCUCUACUUCCUCCUGCUCUCCCUCGCCUAUAUCUUCUUCCUCGUCGCCUUUGGCUCUCUCAUCCAGCUCAAGUCCUUCACGCUCAACCCGUAUGGCCUACAGCUGCUGCUAUACAUCGUACAAGCCAACACGCAGAUCGCACUCGCCAUGCUCCUCUCUACAGCCUUUGCCCACACGCGCCCCGCCACCGUCGCCACCUACCUCUACGUCUUCGUCUCUGCGCUGCUCGGCCAAUUCUUCUACCGCAAUCUCCUCGAAUCCAAUUCUUUCUCAACCACAUUCAUGACGUCAUUGCAACUCUUCCCAGCGUUCGCUCUCUAUCACGGGGUAUACGAGCUAACUCAGUCAUCCCUAAUCGGCUCCUACCAGGCCUCUCAGGGCACUCUCACCUGGGCCACCGCCGCCACCAAUGGCUACCUGACAGCUGUUGCGAUCCUGGCCGUCGAAUGGCUGGUCUUCCUGCUGCUCGCGAUUUACUUGGAUCAGGUGGUUUCGGCAGGUAGCGGUGUGAGGAAGCAUCCUCUCUUCUUCCUCCGCGGGUGCAAGAGCGGCUGCCGGAAGCUUCUUGGGUCGCUUCGGAAAGUUCUCCAACGCUGCAGGCUUUGGGGGGAUGCCCGGGUGCAUGCGGACUUCCAGGAAGGUUCCUGGGGAAAGGAAGAAGGAAAGGAGUGGAAAGCAGGGGCGGCGGGGAGUGGGAAGGCGGAGUGGGGAGAGGGGGAGGUGGCAGGUGUUGUUGUGGGCACGCGGCAAGGGACGGACGUGGUGGGAGAAAAGGAGAAGGCGAAAGGGUGUUUGGACCGAUUUGAUGUGGAACUAGAGACCUCCCAAGGAAGCAAUAGCCGGGAUGUGGCUGGGUGUCACUCGGGGGGAGUGCCUGGGCAUGGUGGGGCCGAACGGGGCGUGGGGGGGGAGUGCUUCGGACUCAACCAUCUCUCCUCUCUCCUCCCACCCUCCCUCUGCCCCCUGGCCACCCCCCCAGAAGCGCAAAGCCUCUCCAAGGUCUACCCCAGCAGGGACGGCGAGGCGCCCAAGGAAGCAGUAGGCAUGCUGGGGCUGAACGGGGCGGGGAGAGAGUGCUUGAAGUGCAAAGUGCAGCAUCUCCUGCACGCCAGCACCGCACCCGACCCCUCAGCACACCACAGCAUCCUCUGCGCAGGCCUGACCAAGUUCUACCCCAGCAGGGACGGCGGGGCACCCAAGGAGGCAGUAGCCAGCAUGUGGCUGGGGGUGGCGCGAGGGGAGUGUGUGGGCAUGCUGGGGCCGAACGGGGCGGGGAGAGAGUGCUUGAAGUGCAAAGUGCAGCAUCUCCUGCACGCCAGCACCGCACCCGACCCCUCAGCACACCACAGCAUCCUCUGCGCAGGCCUGACCAAGGUCUACCCCAGCAGGGACGGCGGGGCACCCAAGGAGGCAGUAGCCAGCAUGUGGCUGGGGGUGGCGCGAGGGGAGUGUGUGGGCAUGCUGGGGCCGAACGGGGCGGGGAGAGAGUGCUUGAAGUGCAAAGUGCAGCAUCUCCUGCACGCCAGCACCGCACCCGACCCCUCAGCACACCACAGCAUCCUCUGCGCAGGCCUGACCAAGGUCUACCCCAGCAGGGACGGCGGGGCACCCAAGGAGGCAGUAGCCAGCAUGUGGCUGGGGGUGGCGCGAGGGGAGUGUGUGGGCAUGCUGGGGCCGAACGGGGCGGGGAGAGAGUGCUUGAAGUGCAAAGUGCAGCAUCUCCUGCACGCCAGCACCGCACCCGACCCCUCAGCACACCACAGCAUCCUCUGCGCAGGCCUGACCAAGGUCUACCCCAGCAGGGACGGCGGGGCACCCAAGGAGGCAGUAGCCAGCAUGUGGCUGGGGGUGGCGCGAGGGGAGUGUGUGGGCAUGCUGGGGCCGAACGGGGCGGGGAGAGAGUGCUUGAAGUGCAAAGUGCAGCAUCUCCUGCACGCCAGCACCGCACCCGACCCCUCAGCACACCACAGCAUCCUCUGCGCAGGCCUGACCAAGGUCUACCCCAGCAGGGACGGCGGGGCACCCAAGGAGGCAGUAGCCAGCAUGUGGCUGGGGGUGGCGCGAGGGGAGUGUGUGGGCAUGCUGGGGCCGAACGGGGCGGGGAGAGAGUGCUUGAAGUGCAAAGUGCAGCAUCUCCUGCACGCCAGCACCGCACCCGACCCCUCAGCACACCACAGCAUCCUCUGCGCAGGCCUGACCAAGGUCUACCCCAGCAGGGACGGCGGGGCACCCAAGGAGGCAGUAGCCAGCAUGUGGCUGGGGGUGGCGCGAGGGGAGUGUGUGGGCAUGCUGGGGCCGAACGGGGCGGGGAGAGAGUGCUUGAAGUGCAAAGUGCAGCAUCUCCUGCACGCCAGCACCGCACCCGACCCCUCAGCACACCACAGCAUCCUCUGCGCAGGCCUGACCAAGGUCUACCCCAGCAGGGACGGCGGGGCACCCAAGGAGGCAGUAGCCAGCAUGUGGCUGGGGGUGGCGCGAGGGGAGUGUGUGGGCAUGCUGGGGCCGAACGGGGCGGGGAGAGAGUGCUUGAAGUGCAAAGUGCAGCAUCUCCUGCACGCCAGCACCGCACCCGACCCCUCAGCACACCACAGCAUCCUCUGCGCAGGCCUGACCAAGGUCUACCCCAGCAGGGACGGCGGGGCACCCAAGGAGGCAGUAGCCAGCAUGUGGCUGGGGGUGGCGCGAGGGGAGUGUGUGGGCAUGCUGGGGCCGAACGGGGCGGGGAGAGAGUGCUUGAAGUGCAAAGUGCAGCAUCUCCUGCACGCCAGCACCGCACCCGACCCCUCAGCACACCACAGCAUCCUCUGCGCAGGCCUGACCAAGGUCUACCCCAGCAGGGACGGCGGGGCACCCAAGGAGGCAGUAGCCAGCAUGUGGCUGGGGGUGGCGCGAGGGGAGUGUGUGGGCAUGCUGGGGCCGAACGGGGCGGGGAGAGAGUGCUUGAAGUGCAAAGUGCAGCAUCUCCUGCACGCCAGCACCGCACCCGACCCCUCAGCACACCACAGCAUCCUCUGCGCAGGCCUGACCAAGGUCUACCCCAGCAGGGACGGCGGGGCACCCAAGGAGGCAGUAGCCAGCAUGUGGCUGGGGGUGGCGCGAGGGGAGUGUGUGGGCAUGCUGGGGCCGAACGGGGCGGGGAGAGAGUGCUUGAAGUGCAAAGUGCAGCAUCUCCUGCACGCCAGCACCGCACCCGACCCCUCAGCACACCACAGCAUCCUCUGCGCAGGCCUGACCAAGGUCUACCCCAGCAGGGACGGCGGGGCACCCAAGGAGGCAGUAGCCAGCAUGUGGCUGGGGGUGGCGCGAGGGGAGUGUGUGGGCAUGCUGGGGCCGAACGGGGCGGGGAGAGAGUGCUUGAAGUGCAAAGUGCAGCAUCUCCUGCACGCCAGCACCGCACCCGACCCCUCAGCACACCACAGCAUCCUCUGCGCAGGCCUGACCAAGGUCUACCCCAGCAGGGACGGCGGGGCACCCAAGGAGGCAGUAGCCAGCAUGUGGCUGGGGGUGGCGCGAGGGGAGUGUGUGGGCAUGCUGGGGCCGAACGGGGCGGGGAGAGAGUGCUUGAAGUGCAAAGUGCAGCAUCUCCUGCACGCCAGCACCGCACCCGACCCCUCAGCACACCACAGCAUCCUCUGCGCAGGCCUGACCAAGGUCUACCCCAGCAGGGACGGCGGGGCACCCAAGGAGGCAGUAGCCAGCAUGUGGCUGGGGGUGGCGCGAGGGGAGUGUGUGGGCAUGCUGGGGCCGAACGGGGCGGGGAGAGAGUGCUUGAAGUGCAAAGUGCAGCAUCUCCUGCACGCCAGCACCGCACCCGACCCCUCAGCACACCACAGCAUCCUCUGCGCAGGCCUGACCAAGGUCUACCCCAGCAGGGACGGCGGGGCACCCAAGGAGGCAGUAGCCAGCAUGUGGCUGGGGGUGGCGCGAGGGGAGUGUGUGGGCAUGCUGGGGCCGAACGGGGCGGGGAGAGAGUGCUUGAAGUGCAAAGUGCAGCAUCUCCUGCACGCCAGCACCGCACCCGACCCCUCAGCACACCACAGCAUCCUCUGCGCAGGCCUGACCAAGGUCUACCCCAGCAGGGACGGCGGGGCACCCAAGGAGGCAGUAGCCAGCAUGUGGCUGGGGGUGGCGCGAGGGGAGUGUGUGGGCAUGCUGGGGCCGAACGGGGCGGGGAGAGAGUGCUUGAAGUGCAAAGUGCAGCAUCUCCUGCACGCCAGCACCGCACCCGACCCCUCAGCACACCACAGCAUCCUCUGCGCAGGCCUGACCAAGGUCUACCCCAGCAGGGACGGCGGGGCACCCAAGGAGGCAGUAGCCAGCAUGUGGCUGGGGGUGGCGCGAGGGGAGUGUGUGGGCAUGCUGGGGCCGAACGGGGCGGGGAGAGAGUGCUUGAAGUGCAAAGUGCAGCAUCUCCUGCACGCCAGCACCGCACCCGACCCCUCAGCACACCACAGCAUCCUCUGCGCAGGCCUGACCAAGGUCUACCCCAGCAGGGACGGCGGGGCACCCAAGGAGGCAGUAGCCAGCAUGUGGCUGGGGGUGGCGCGAGGGGAGUGCCUGGGUAUGCUGGGGCCGAACGGGGCGGGCAAGACGACAGCGCUGCGGAUGAUGAUGGGGUUCCUGCAGCCCAGUGGGGGGACGGCGGUUAUCGAAGGAAUGGGUAUUGCGGAGGAGAUGGACGGGAUUUACUCCAUCAUGGGCGUUCAUCCCUUUUCUCCCCUUUCCUUCCGGCUCAUCCCUCCCUCGUUCCUAUCCUCUCCCCCCUCUUCCAGCCUUCUAUGGGAGCAGCUGACCGGUCGAGAACACCUUCUCUUCUACGGGCGGCUCAAGAACCAGCAAGGGGCAGCACUAACAGCAGCAGUAGAGGCAUCCUUAUCAGGAGUGCAUGUACUGAGAGAGGCAGAAAAGCCCGUGCAGCAGUACAGUGGCGGCAUGAUGCGGCGGCUCCUCCUAUGGGAGCAGCUGACCGGUCGGGAGCACCUCAUGUUCUACGGCCGUCUGAAGAACCUGCGAGGCUCAGCACUAACAUCAGCCGUGGAAGCCUCCUUAUCAGGGGUGCACCUACUGAAAGAGGCCGACAAGCCCGUGCAGCAGUACAGCGGCGGCAUGAAGCGGCGCCUGUCGGUCGCUAUAUCGCUUAUCGGAGACCCUCUUGUGGUGUACAUGGACGAGCCCAGCACGGGGCUGGACCCAUCGUCCAGGAUGCACCUGUGGAACGUGGUGAAGCGGGCAAAGAAGCACUGUGCCAUCGUGCUUACAACUCACUCUAUGGAGGAAGCAGACGCACUGUGUGACCGAAUGGGCAUAUUUGUGCGCGGUCAAUUUGCCUGUAUAGGGAGUGCACAGGAGCUGACAGCACGGUACGGUGGCCGCUUCAUCUUCACCCUCACCACUCCGGUGGACUAUGAAGCUGCUGCUGCCUGGCUGGCCCUGUCCCUGUCUGUCAACGCUAGGAGAAUCUACAACCUCUCGGGCACCCAAAAGUUUGAGCUGCCCGUGGAAGAUUACGCAUAA